CAUGCGGUUAUUUAUAUUUUGUUGUGUUCUGCUAUUGACAAUAGCGAAUAUAUCAGCUGAUUGGUCUUGGGGAGGAGAUGACAACAAGAAAGAUGAAAGUAACGACAAAUCGACUGAAUUGUUACAAGGAGAAGAAAUGUCUGAUGCACAGGAAAACAAUUUUAAUACGAAUGGCACAGUUCUUGACGGUAUUGUAGAUGAAUUAGUUAGCAGAUCACAAGGCAGAAGUCUAAGCGGUUUUGAUGACGUAUAUAGCGACCCAAAUAUAAAAGAAGCUUUAGAUGCUGGAGACGACACAGAGGCAAGAAAUCUAAUAAAAAGCCGUCUUUGCACGUUAGGACUUAUACAGUGUGAUGAUGAUGAAUCUCAAGAAAAAAGAACAUAUCUGUCACCAGAUGAUUUAAUUUACGCUCAACCUGUAGACAUUAAGCCCGUUGGCAAGCCCGUUGCCUCCAUUCCUAUAAGAGGUCCACCAAGGGCGUAUGGACCACCGAGACCAAUGCAGUACCCUCCUCGUCCCCAGAAGUACCCGUCUAAGAGACCAAACUAUGGCGGAAAUGGGCGCCCAGGUUUUGCUGAUAAAUAUGGUAUUGCAGGAAACAACUAUCAAUUUUCUCAAAGUAGUGGUACCUAUAAUGGAUUCGAGGCUAAUUAUGUAACAAAACCACCUAGUUAUGGGAGUAAUGGACCGUAUACGUUUGAACAGUCAAAGCCAUCUUACCAUAAGGAGCCUUUAGGUGUGCACAGCAACACUAAAACGGAAUCCGUAGUACAGCAACAUGUACAUCACCAUUAUGUACAUGGUGAGUCCGAAAAAGAACCAAAAGUUAUAAUAAAACCAGUAGCUAUUCCAGUUGGAUCUUUUGGCCAUUUAGCAUCUCAAAUAAAUACACAAGAAGCUUCUGACAUUAUAACAUCUUCGGGAGGAGACUUCAACUCUGUAAGUUCGGGUGGAUUUAGACCUAUGACUGGCAGUUUUUCUCCUAGUGGUAAACCCGUUUAUGAAACUGAUACUAUAAAUGAAUCUCAGUAUAACUACAAUAAUUUUAAUAAAGGCAGUAACAAUGUACUAAAUCAAGGGUUACCUAACCAAUUUACUAAUAAUGCUUUCGAAGAUCAGCGAUACGGUAACACUUUGGGUUCAUAUGCUUCUCAAAAUGGAGAAUUUUACAAAAAAGAACUUCACGUGGGAUCUAGCAACAAUUUGUACAAUUCAGGACCAGCAACAUUUGGUCAGAACAACCUGUAUCAACAAAAUUAUCAUGAGGCUAAAGCUCAAAGUUUUGAUUGCGUCUGCGUAAACUACGAUCAAUGUCCUAGUCAAGAAAUUAUUGGACGCAGAGAUGACUUAUAUUUGCCAAUAGAUCCUCGUAACAAGGGCAGUGAGAUUACAGCACUGACUGAUGAACAAUUAGACAACUUAAAUAAGACUACUACCGAUACAAAUAUCAACCAAAAUGUUACUGAUACUAAGAAGGUCAGCAAAAGAGAUGUCAGCGAUGUGAAGGAAAAAGAAGAAGCAAAAGAAAUUGAACCGCGCCUCCUCGGGUUUACUGGUGGAAAUGGUGGUAAUAGCAACAAACAAGUUCAGCCCACGUUUGGUGUCUCUUUUGGGUUGCCCCAGCCUUCCAAUGGUUAUCCUAUUAAUCCCUAUAAUUCAAAUCCCUUGAUUAAUCCGUACGGCCCUGCAUUAAACGGAGGUGGUCUAAAUCUCGGACUACUUUCCGUUAAUCCACUAUUAGCUAUCCAAGUAACGAAAAACGAUUAUGGAGAGAAACUAGUUAAGCCAUUCGUUAAUUUACAUGUUACUCCAAAUGAACAUGUCAUCAAUAAAUUAGGUCAUCUAUUCCAUGAGAAAAAGCAAUAUCUUUUGAAUAAACAUGAACAUUAUCAUCAUUAUAAUCCUUAUUUUAACCACUACUCAAAUAGACCACAUACUCCUUUUAUUCAUCCUGAACAUUACGGUAUAAAUAGACCACCAAUUUAUUCGCCGUACUCUUCAUAUUAUAAAAACCUCUACCGUGUAAACUCACAUUUACCUGAAACAUCGACUGACAACGAUGACUAUUACGAUGAUACUGACGAUGCUCAAUAUUUUGGUCAAAAUAAAAAUCAAGAUUAUGACUUUUUCGGUUCUGAAAUAUCAGUUAAUGGUAGCGGUAACAGAGGCGGCACUUACGCCAAUCGGUACGCAUAUUCUCGUUCCUUAUCUAUUCCUUCUAAUCCUGGGGCAAACCGGGGAGGCCAAGCGAUUCGAUUUCCCGAUAAAAGAAAGAAAAGAGAAAUUAUGGCAGACGUUCCUAAAAGCACAAAUAUUCAAGAGCGUCAAGGAUACUUUGGUCGACCCCAAAUUCCUCAAUGCCAACAAAAUCAAGUAUGCUGUCGCCGACCUCUUCGACCACAAGCUUCUAAUCGUGGCCAGUGCGGCAUAAGAAAUUCCCAAGGUAUUAAUGGAAGAAUCAAGACGCCUUCCUACAUCGACGGUGACAGUGAAUUCGGUGAAUAUCCUUGGCAAGCCGCUAUUUUGAAGAAGGAUCCCAAAGAAUCAGUUUAUGUUUGUGGUGGAACACUUAUUGAUGGACUUCACAUCAUGACAGCAGCUCACUGCAUAAAAUCAUACAAAGGCUUCGAGUUACGAGUACGCUUAGGCGAAUGGGAUGUCAAUCACGAUGUUGAAUUCUACCCUUACAUUGAAAGAGACGUUAUAUCUGUACAUGUACAUCCUCAAUACUAUGCUGGUACAUUGGAUAAUGAUCUUGCUAUUUUGAAACUAGAGCAUCCCGUUGACUGGACCAAAUACCCUCAUAUUAGCCCUGCUUGUCUUCCGGACAAAUACACAGAGUAUGGUGGUCAGAGAUGUUGGACAACCGGGUGGGGAAAAGAUGCUUUUGGCUCCAAUGGGAAAUACCAAAAUAUACUCAAAGAAGUCGACGUACCAAUUCUUCCCCAUGUACAAUGUCAACAGCAGUUGAGACAAACACGCUUAGGCUACAAUUAUGAACUAAACCCUGGUUUUAUAUGUGCUGGUGGAGAAGAAGGUAAAGAUGCCUGUAAGGGUGAUGGCGGUGGUCCACUGGUCUGUGAACGCAGUGGCACAUGGCAGUUGGUUGGUGUUGUAUCCUGGGGUAUCGGUUGCGGACAAGCUGGCGUACCAGGUGUCUACGUGAAAGUUGCUCACUAUUUGGAUUGGAUCUCACAAGUCACUGGAAAAUUUACGCAUUAUUAAGAGAAGACGCAUUUCCAGAAGCCACCGCUUUAAGUUUUAUUUUAUUACAUUAACUUUAAAAAGUUAACGUUUAUUUAAAAAUAAUUAAUUUAAUGUUUAAUUUAUUGUUAACCUUUGGACGGUAAGGUCCAGAGAUAUUAUGUAAAUGCUUGUGCAAUUAUUUUGUAAAAUAAAUUACAUAUUCUAAAAA